GUGGGUGUGACCUACAUUCAGCCGCUUAUUCAACCCGGCUCAGCCACACCCCCGCUGAAAUCCAGACCCAAACUCACACGCUCUGGGGCUCAAAUCGUGAUCCAAUCUGAUAGAAACUUCAGUUUAACAAACAAACAAAACCGGAAGGAGCCGUGCUUUGCUGAGGGAGACAACUUCUGCCCGGAGGUAUCCGAACCAAAGAGUCUGACGUGACCAGUCAUGGGGGACAUUAAGAAAGGGAAGAAGGUCUUUGUCCAGAAGUGUUCCCAGUGCCACUCUGUGGACGAGGGGGGGCGGCACAAGGUUGGGCCCAACCUGUGGGGGCUGUUUGGAAGGAAGACGGGGCAGGCGGAGGGCUACUCCUACACACAGGCCAACAUAGAAAAAGGUAUCAUAUGGGAUGAGGAAACGCUGAACGUCUACCUGACGAACCCAAAGAAGUACAUUCCGGGUACCAAGAUGAUCUUCAGUGGGAUCAGGAAGAAGAAGGAGAGAGCCGAUAUCAUAGCAUAUUUAAAGGAUGCCACUUCCUAAUGUGCUGACGAUGCAGACAGUUGUUAGAUGUACUCCACUGUGCCUUGUACCUGUUUUAAAUGAGAGUAUAUAUUUCUAUUGAUGCUUUUGUUUUAAACUGCCUUGUAUCUGCCGAGAGAGCUGUUUUUAAUCAGGGUGUGAGUCAGCCUUCCUGCAGCUUGUGGAUUUUCCAGAAAGUCCAUAUUUUUCCUGCCUUACGCACAUGGGCCACACCCACUCUGUUUACUCAUCGUGUUUACAUUUACUUUCAUUCUUAAUUCAAAGUAUUCAUUGUACUUACUUUAUGCAUGUAGCAAAAGGGUCACAUUUUUACUGAGAACUUUUUUACUCAACUUUUAUAAGCAUUAAGAGUUAUAUAUGGUUUUUAUUAACGUGAGAUUGCACUUUAAAUGGCGGUAUGUGGGAUUUCUUAUGAAUGCAUUUCUUUACAUUCAUUUUUGUUUUACUUUGCAUGAGGGAACUUAACUCAAAUAGAAUGAUUGUUUCUAUUAAAACUGAUGGUGAUUUGGGUAAAAUGGGAAUUUGUUUAAAUAAACAUGUACCACUACGGAGUAAUUGUGACUUCUGAAUAAAAGACAAGAUUUAUUUAAUUUUUUAAAUCCUAACUAACUAUGGUAUACAUUUUUGUCCUAUUUUCUUCAAAACGUCUUGAUUUGUUUUCUUGGCAAAA